GGGAAGUGUGAAGGGGAAGACUUAGCUGCAAAUACGUGUUUGUGAAAUUGGCGGGUUUACACUCUCCAAGCUCAAACCCUACUAACAAGCAGUAGAAAGGACUUUCGAGAUUUUCGUUGAUGUUGAUCGCAAACAUGAGAUGCUUCCGAUGCUUUUACACUCGAGCCCACUCUCUUAUUUUUCUCCGAUCUUCUUCCUCCCCGAUCACGAUUCCUGUUCCCCCCGUCCGCCUUCGAUGCCGUCGCCUCUCCUCCGUUUUCGACUCUAUCCCCGAUCAAUCCGUCAAUUCGAUCUCAGAAAUUGCAAAUGACGCGAGUUUCAGCAGAGAAGACAAACCGGAGGAGAAACCGAGAAAAUCCGGUUCGAUGCCGGGCGGGUUAGCUCGGGGAUGGGAUCCAGGUGAAGUAGUUAUGAACAAGAAGAAAGGUAAAGCGAAAUCGAGAACUUUUUGGGUUUGUGAGAGCUGUGGGCAUUCGGAUGGGCAGUGGUGGGGAAGCUGUCGCGCUUGCAACAAGGUUGGGUCGAUGCGACGUUUCUCUGAAGGUUCUGAGUCUCGUGGGAGUGUCGGCAUAGCUAGUGGCGGCGGCUCAGGGGUUUCGGAAGGUACUGGUUUGUCUUGGUUACCUGAGCAAGCGGUGGUGCAGCCACUCAAAUUGAGUUCUGUUAUUGAUGGGAUUACUCAGCAGCAAUGGAGGAUUUCACUGCCUGGACUUUUUGGGAAUGAAGUUGGGAGAGUGCUUGGUGGUGGCCUUGCCCCAGGUUCCCUGAUUUUGAUUGGUGGUGACCCUGGUAUUGGCAAGAGUACUUUGUUGUUGCAGAUUGCAUCUAUAAUUGCUGAGGGGAACGAUUUGGCCCCACCAGCACCGGUUUUGUAUGUCUCCGGCGAAGAGAGUGUUGAUCAAAUAGGAAGUCGGGCUGACAGGAUGAAAAUUGAAACUGACGAGCUCUACCUGUUUUCGAGUUCUGAUCUUCAGGAUAUUCUAACUAAAGCUCAUCGACUAUCUCCCCGAGCUCUCAUCAUUGAUUCAAUUCAAACGGUUUACCUUAAACAGGUGACUGGAAGCGCUGGUGGUCUCACACAGGUUAAAGAGUGUACAUCAACCCUGUUGCGUUUUGCUAAGAAAUCUAAUGUCCCUGUUUUCUUGGUUGGACAUGUUACGAAAGCAGGUGAUAUUGCAGGACCUCGCGUUUUGGAGCACAUAGUAGAUGUUGUCUUGUACAUGGAGGGUGAAGAAAGUUCAACUUACCGCUUGCUUCGAUCUGUGAAGAAUCGGUUUGGGUCGACUGAUGAACUUGGAGUUUUUGAAAUGUCACAAUCAGGACUUGAAGUGGUCUCAAACCCUAGUGGCAUAUAUCUUAGUCAACAGAACCCGGAUUCAGAUGUUUUAGCUGGAUUAGCUGUCGCAGUUGUUAUGGAUGGAUCUCGGAGUUUCCUCAUUGAAGUUCAGGCGCUGUGUGCACCUGGCUCGACAGUUUCAAGGCAUGUCAAUGGUGUUCAAGCAAGCAGAGCUGACAUGAUUAUUGCAGUUCUUAUGAAGCAAGCUGGUCUUAGAAUUCAGGAAUCUGGGAUAUUUCUGAACGUUGCUAACGGGAUGGCUCUUUCGGAGACUGCUGGUGACCUUGCAAUAGCAGCAGCAAUUUGUAGCAGUUUCUUGGAGUUUCCAAUUCCUCACGGAGUAGCAUUUAUCGGCGAGAUUGGUCUAGGGGGCGAGGUUCGCACGGUGCCAAGAAUGGAGAAAAGGGUAAGUACUGUGGCAAAGCUAGGAUUCACAAAAUGUGUGGUUCCCAAAUCAGUGGAGAAGUCACUGAAGACGCUGGGUUUGAAAGAGAUUGAGAUUGUCGGAUGCAAGAAUCUGAAAGAUUUAAUCAAUUCUGUGUUUAGGGUAUAAUGAGAUUAAACAUUAUGAUUGAGAUUAAACAUUUGAAUCAACAUUAGCUGUCUAGUUGGAGUGGGCAAUCUAGUUUAGGAUUUAGUUCGGCUUGAUUUUUCUGGUUUUUUAGUUUAGCAGUUUUAUAGAAACUGAAAACCAGAUCAAAUCAUUUUUAGUUCGUUUCGAGUUGAUGUGAUUUUGUUUAGUUCAAUUUGGUUACAUUUAUACGAUAAAAUCAUCUGCUUUUGAAACUGUA